CUACAAAAGCCCUUCACCUCUCCAUUCUCCAUCGCUCUCCUCUACUCUUGUUCUCUACAUUUCCCUUCUUAACAUUACCAUUGUUAAUUAUUAAUCCAGAUGAGAGAAAUCCUCCAUAUUCAAGCUGGUCAGUGCGGUAACCAGAUUGGUGGCAAGUUCUGGGAGGUUGUGUGUGAUGAACAUGGGAUUGAUUCAACAGGGAAUUACACUGGCAACUCUCACGUUCAACUUGAGAGGGUCAAUGUUUACUACAAUGAGGCUAGUGGUGGCCGCUAUGUGCCUAGGGCUGUCCUAAUGGACCUUGAGCCAGGGACCAUGGACAGCUUGAGGACUGGUCCCUAUGGGAAAAUCUUUAGGCCUGACAAUUUUGUUUUCGGCCGAAAUGGAGCUGGAAAUAACUGGGCCAAGGGACAUUACACUGAAGGAGCCGAGCUGAUUGAUUCUGUUCUCGAUGUUGUUCGAAAAGAGGCUGAGAAUUGUGAUUGCUUACAAGGCUUCCAAAUCUGUCAUUCUUUGGGAGGUGGAACUGGAUCAGGAAUGGGGACUCUGCUUAUAUCAAAGAUCAGGGAAGAAUACCCCGAUAGGAUGAUGUUAACUUUCUCAGUAUUUCCCUCUCCUAAGGUUUCUGAUACAGUGGUUGAGCCUUACAAUGCCACCCUCUCUGUACACCAACUGGUUGAAAAUGCUGAUGAGUGCAUGGUCCUUGACAACGAAGCUCUCUACGAUAUCUGCUUUCGUACUCUCAAGCUCACCAAUCCAAGCUUUGGUGACCUUAACCAUCUUAUCUCAACAACCAUGAGUGGAGUGACAUGUUGCCUUCGAUUCCCUGGUCAAUUGAACUCCGAUCUUCGAAAGCUGGCCGUGAACCUAAUCCCCUUCCCGCGUCUCCAUUUCUUCAUGGUUGGUUUUGCACCAUUAACAUCCCGCGGCUCGCAACAGUACCGAGCCUUAACCAUCCCUGAGCUGACACAACAAAUGUGGGAUACUAAAAACAUGAUGUGUGCAGCUGACCCUCGGCAUGGUAGGUACUUAACUGCCUCAGCUAUGUUCCGAGGCAAAAUGAGUACCAAGGAAGUUGAUGAACAAAUGAUAAAUGUGCAAAACAAGAACUCAUCAUAUUUUGUUGAGUGGAUUCCUAAUAAUGUAAAGUCAAGUGUUUGUGACAUUCCACCAACUGGGCUAGCAAUGUCAUCAACAUUCAUGGGAAAUUCCACCUCUAUUCAGGAAAUGUUUAGACGUGUUUCGGAACAAUUUACAGUCAUGUUUAGGAGAAAGGCAUUUUUGCAUUGGUACACUGGGGAAGGAAUGGAUGAAAUGGAGUUUACUGAGGCGGAAAGUAACAUGAAUGAUUUGGUUUCUGAGUAUCAACAAUAUCAAGAUGCCGCUGCGGAUAACGACGAGGAGUAUGAUGAAGAAGAGACAAUGGAGAACUAAAAGGCUAUUUGAUCAGGUUGUUGUUUGGCAAUGGUUAUGGCUGUAAUAAGGAUGUUUUCUUUUCUUUUCUUUUUUAACGGAGUUAAUUUAUGUUUAUUGUUCUGGUGGUCAAUCAUGAGGUCAUGUUUGAAUAAUUGUGAUAUUGUGAAUAUUACUUUGUAUAAUUGUUGAGUAAAAAAUUGUAUUGUUGCUUCUUCUUCUUCUUUAAUAUGGAUUGGUUAUCAUUUGCUA